AGAAAUCAAAUCGCGAACCGACCCUCGUGCUCCUCCGACGCCUCAGCAACUGUAACCGCAACUGCAUCCGCGGCCCAGCCCCAAACCCUAGCCCCCUCCACCACCACCACCACCACCGCCAUGGCCGACCCAUCCGCCGCCGUCGCCGUCGCCGCCGCCGCCGAGCCUACGUUGCUGCCCCCGCCGGACACUGAGGAGGCCGCGGCGGUGGCGAAGAGGUGGCCCGGGUGGCCUGGGGACAGCGUGUUCCGGCUGGUGGUGCCGGUGCUGAAGGUCGGGAGCAUCAUCGGGCGGAAGGGAGAGCUCAUCAAGCGCCUCGUCGAGGAGACCAAGGCCAGGGUCCGCGUCCUCGAGGGCCCCGUCGGCGCCACCGAGCGCAUUGUUUUGGUGUCUGGAAAAGAAGAUCCAGGCUUGGAGCUGCCUCCAGCUAUUGAUGCUCUGAUGAGAGUUUUUAAACGUGUCAAUGGAAUAACAGAUGGAGCUGCUGAGGGUACUCAGGCAGCUGCUGCACCUGGUGUAUGUGCUGCCCGAUUGUUGGUUCCUGGAGCUCAAGCAAUUAAUCUAAUUGGGAAGCAAGGUGCCACAAUCAAGGCAAUCCAGGAGGGCACGGGUGCUACAAUACGGGUUAUAUCAGUAGAUGAACGAGAGCGACCAUUCUAUGUAACUGAAGAUGAAAGGAUAGUUGAGAUACAAGGUGAAACGGAGAAAGUUCUAAAAGCACUUCAAGCAGUUUCUAACCAUCUGCGGAAGUUUUUGGUUGACCAUAGUGUACUUCCAUUAUUUGAAAAGACUAAUACCACGGUGAGCCAAGAUCGCAGUGGUGAUGGCUGGAGUGAUAUGUCACAUCCUUCAAUUGGUUCUGCACAGGUCAAUCAACCACCUUCAGUAGUUGAUGAAUACAGUCUUCCACUGAAGAGGGAUCAUUUGUUUCUUGAACGUGAACCUUUGGUAGAUCAUAGCAUUCAUCGCUCAGGUGUAUCACUUUAUGGGCGGGAUCCUGCCUUGUCAACACUGCGACCCUCUGGGAUGCAUGGUGCUGGCCCUCUAGUUACACAGAUAACUCAGACCAUGCAAAUCCCACUUACCUAUGCAGAAGACAUUAUAGGAGUUAAAGGAGCAAAUAUUGCGUACAUACGAGCUAAUAGUGGGGCUGUUGUCACAAUUCAGGAGAGUUUCGGUAGUCCUGAUGAUAUUACUGUCGAAAUAAAGGGGACAUCGUCGCAGGUACAAGCCGCCCAACAGCUCAUCCAGGACUCGUUGGCUGCACACCGAGAACCUGUCAGAAGCAGCUAUGUAGGAGCAGGAUUAGAUCCAGUGUAUAGGUCCAGCUACUCACAAUAUGGCAGCUCCACCUAUCCAUCGUCAUCGCUGCCAUCUUAUUCUAGCACCGAUGACGGUAGGUAUCCAUCUUCAGGCCUGGGCGGGUAUGGGUCGAGUUACCGGUACUAGUAGCAGUUCAUUAUCAGGCUUAAAUGCUUGAUGGCACCCUUUCUAUGUUCCUGGGUAACCAUUGUACAAGUCAGCAAGUUCUCUGAUUAGUGUGCUUCGAGGCGGGAAUCUGGUAGAUCAUAUUGUAUCUCAGUACGCAUUUUGGAUCAGCUUAUGUUGUUAGAGUGAUAAACAGAUGGUUUAUAGAUUUUCGCUUCUUUGGAAUUGAAAUCUGUACCAGUUCUCCGUA